GCGCUGCCGCCCUUCAUCCGCCCCCCGCAGCAGCCUUUCCCCAUCGCCCUUGGGUACCGUGGGGGUCUCAGCCUGCGUGGCUUUUGUCAGGGGUUUGUCGGAAGACCUCAUCAUCCAUGAUGAGCCACUAUCAAAAGGUGAUUCUAGAAGCUAUGGACAUACUCUUUAGAAUAAGAGGAGGCUUGGAUCUUGCAUUUCAGCUAGCAACUACUGAUGAGGCAUCAACAAAAAAGGCAUUAGGAUAUGUUUUCAGUGAUCUUGCAAACAAACUGUCCUCAGAUGUUCUUGUAUUAAGAAUUUGCCACAGUUCAGUCUAUGUGUGGCCUAACAAUGGUAUGAACACUGUUCCAGAGCUGACUGAUGAUUCUGCUUGUAAGGAGAUAAGACGAUUUAUACAAUUUGAUCAAGAUGAUGAGACCAAACGAAAGCUUGGCAAAAAAAAGGAUAAAAAGUUUCAAGAUACGCAGCAGGUAGUCAAUAUAGACCUCAUGUUGGAAAUGACGUCUUCAUCAGCUGCUUUGGCUCCAGUCAUUGAAAGGGAAAAUAAGGAACACCACUACAUAAAUAUGACAUUACCAGUUGAUGUUGUUGUAUCUGUUUCUCCAGAAGAAACAUGGGGAAAGGUACAGAAUCUCCUGGUGAAGGCAAUCCACAGGCAAUUAACUGACAUGGAAAGAUGUAUCAUGAAAUAUAUGAAGGGAACAUCAAUUGUGGUACCAGAACAAUUUCAUUUCAUGUUACCAGGAAAAAAUCACCUUGUAACAAUCUCGUAUCCUACAGGUAUUUCAGAUGAUCAACUGGAAAGUUACAGAAAGGAAUUGCAUGGGUUAUUCAAUCUGCCUUGUGACAGACCAUAUUUCAAGAGAGCAAAUGCUUAUCAUUUUCCAGAUGAACCAUAUAAAGAUGGAUAUCUCAGAAAUCCACAUUUACAUCUUAAUUCACCUGGUACGGAGUCUGGUAUGGUUUAUUCAGUACAUGGUGUAUAUAGUUAUCACCACUAUAUGCAGGAUCGGAUUGAUGACAGUGGUUGGGGCUGUGCCUAUCGGUCUUUGCAGACAAUCUGUUCUUGGUUCAAGCACCAAGGUUACAUUGAUAAACCUAUACCAACACACAAGGAAAUUCAACAGGCACUAGUUGAUGCUGGAGACAAGCCGGCAGCAUUCGUUGGGUCACGGCAAUGGAUUGGUUCGAUUGAGGUACAGCUUGUUUUGAAUCAGCUUUUUGGAAUAACAUCAAAAAUAUUAUUUGUCAGCCAGGGUUCUGAACUAGCAUUGCAGGGAAGAGAGCUUGCUAACCAUUUCAAGACUGAAGGAACUCCAGUUAUGAUUGGUGGAGGUGUUUUGGCUCACACAAUAUUAGGAGUGGCUUGGAAUGAGAUUACAGGGCACAUAAAAUAUUUGAUUCUAGACCCACAUUACACCGGAGGAGAAGAUCUGCAUGUUAUUUUGGAAAAGGGCUGGUGUGGAUGGAAGGGCCCGGAGUUUUGGAACAAGGACGCCUAUUAUAAUCUGUGCCUACCUCAACGACCAAAAACUAUUUAAAUUCCACUUGUAUGCUGGAACAUGUUAAGCCAGAAUACUAGCUGAUCUAGAUAUAACUGUCUUGUUAUUUACCAAAAUAUGCUUUAAGUCAAUCAAAACCCAGUUGAAAUAGAAAAGUUGCUUGAGUAAUUUAAAUUAAGAAUUUUUUUUUUUAAAUGAAACCUCUAAAAAUAAGAGUUAUCUGAUGUGAACUGUAUUUCUUACAAAUACAUUUAUUAGGUAACUAAUACUCUUGUCUUUUGGCUAGGACAAUUUUAUGUUUAUAUAGCAAUUUUUGUUGUGCUAAAGUCUUUACAGAUUAAAUGCCCAGUCCUUUUAUUUUAUGGACUUCUUUCUUGCACAAGAGAUGAACUGUCCUAUACCUUUCAGGUUCCAUAUCGCCAGCUGUCUUGUGCACUAUGAAUCUCUUCAAAGGCAUCAUUUGGUGCUGUUGAUAACAGCAUUUUAGAAGAGGAGUGGGAGAAAAAUGGCUAUAUGUACUGAAUUUUAUAAACUUUGUUCUCAUAUUUAUGCAGAAAAAAAUGUGAGAGAAUUAAUUGUUAUAUGCUCAUUUAUUUACAGCUGUAUGAAUACAACUAUUCGAGGGGGGAAAAAAAAAGAAAACAAAACACAACAGUCUUCUGUGAGAAGUAAAAAUAAAAGAGCUUUUCUCCUUCUCAGAAGGAGACAAUGUACCAGCAUACACAUCUGACUGCUCAAUGUAUAGUCCAGUCGUGUUUCUUCAGACUUCGGAUUCCCCUUGAUUUCAUUUUGGGAUUACAAGCUGUUUCAUUUGUCAGCUAGGAGACAAGAUCCGUCAUAUGAACAAACGAGUAAGUCUGUAGCUACUCCCAUCAGUACAUCAGUAAAAGUACCUACGA